AUGUCUAAUUCAAAUAAAGCUAAACCCCAAAUGAAAAGAGCUCGUAAAGAUAAUUUGGUUCAAACGGAUAUGGAUAUAUAUAUUGAAGCUUCUUCGAGCAAAGCAACUUCAGUUCAAGCAAUUCCUCAAGCCGCCGAAAAAACAGUUGAAGAAAUUUAUCAAAAGAAAUCUCAACUUGAACAUAUUCUAUUGAGGCCUGACACGUACAUUGGGUCCGCCGAGACAAUUGCCGAAAAACUUUGGGUUUAUGAUUCAGAAUCUGAUACAAUGAAAUUUAAGGAAGUUAAUAUCGUCCCUGGUCUAUACAAAAUAGUUGAUGAAAUCUUAGUAAAUGCCGCAGAUAACAAAGUAUUUUAUUAUAUUUAUUAA